CGGCCCACGCAUGCAGCAAACAAGCACACGCGUGCACGCCGGCUCCACGUACGUCGCCCACCUGUCGUGUUUUGGAGAGGGCCUUUGAUUAUUGGCGUGUGAUGAAUUUCCCUUCCACACACGCGGCAUCUGGAGAUCAAUUAUGCGUCGAUGAGCUGCAGAAAAGCAUUUAUGUUUUGGAAUCCUGAAUCCUCGCUGCUGAUUGGCUGCCGAGCCCUGCCUCUCGUCGGGAUGGACCUGUUGGAUAAAGGGACCAUUUUGUAAAGAAGCCCCCCGCAUGCACUUGUGCACAGAGGACCAUGCACAGGGGAGCAGCCUGUUACAUCCACUGAAGGAAAAAAAAAAAAAUCCAAAAAUCCUCCCAGCCGAGGCCAACGCACCAUGACGGGCAAACAAGGCGCGGUGCUGUCGGGAACUUUAAACCCCACGGAGACGAGAAGAGCUCCUCUGGGUGCAAAUGGAGGCAGCGGCAUCAACAACCAGCAGCCGGUCAAGACCACCGUCAUCCACCCGCCCGGCAGGUGCACGGGCUUCGGCAUCCAGGAGAUCUUGGGGCUCAACAAGGAGCCCUCCUCGGCCCCGAGGAGCCCGCUGAGCUCCUUGCCGGCCGGGGCGCAUCUCAUCGCGGCCAGGUCCGUGCUGGGCCACGCCGGCGUGGGUGUCGGGAUGGGAUUAAUCGGCCCCAGUGGGAUUCCGGCGUUUUACCGGCAGCCGGCGUUUUUGGAGGGCGUGCUGGAACCGCAAGACGUUCACCUGCAGCCGCACAACACCUCCGCUGCGGGGCGGAUGCAGGACGCGGGACAGUCCGCAAGCUCUGACUCUGAGGAUUUGUCUUCAAGUGAAAGAAAACUGUCCAACAAGUCUUCGAUAGCGCAGAGCAAAAAACGCAAGAAAAGACGUCACAGGACCAUAUUCACGUCGUACCAGCUGGAGGAGCUGGAGAAGGCCUUCAAUGAGGCCCAUUAUCCGGAUGUGUACGCACGAGAGAUGUUGGCCAUGAAAACAGAAUUACCUGAAGACAGAAUACAGGUGUGGUUUCAGAACCGCAGAGCCAAGUGGAGGAAGAGAGAGAAGUGCUGGGGUCGCAGCACCGUCAUGGCGGAGUACGGCCUCUACGGGGCCAUGGUCAGACAUUCCAUCCCGCUGCCGGAGUCCAUCCUCAAGUCGGCCAAGGACGGCAUCAUGGAGUCGUGUGCCCCCUGGUUGCUAGUUCAAGAUGGCUUACCAAUCAACAGACGCUAUUCUAAAUCUGAAUGCCCGCAACUCUUUGCAGGGAUGCACAAAAAGUCCGCGGAGACCCCGGCGCCCCCUCAUCCGGCGGCCGCCAAAUGCGACGAGCCGCCGCCGCCGCCCGGCUCUCAGAGGGCCGAAGACUCUGAGGCGGAGGAGCGGAGGUCGAAGGGCGAGUCGGCCAUUUCUAAAGAGGAACUGAGAGAGAACAGCAUCGCUGCUCUCCGGGCCAAAGCACAGGAGCACAGUGCCAAAGUGCUCGGGACGGUUUGUCAGGACAGACUGGACGAGGACGAGAGGGAGAAGAGCGGCCCACCUCGGAGUCCCGCGCAGGAGGAGGCGCGCAGCCCGUAGAGACUCAACACUCGAUGGAGGGCACUCGCCUCUCAUUGGCUCUUCGCUUGCACCCUGCAUCUGGACUCUCAGGAGGAUGAUUCACUGCUACACAGGAAAUGCAACACCCUUUUUUUUUUUUAAAACAUUUACCAUUUUACAUCCUGAAUGGUGACAUUUUCAAUGCAAGCCAUCCUGCCGGCAGUCUUCUAAUAAGAGGAGGAACUUAAUUGUUGUUCUGUGUUAUGCUGUAUAUCAGGGGUUCUCAAAGUUUUUUUGGUCCAGGGACCCCUUACAGGGAUUGCCCCCACCCCACCAAGGACCCCUCAUAAUCCUAACACCAAUUAAAUAUACAGUCCCUACCGUACCUCUCAAUGCCAUGGGAAUGUUUCAUGUUUUGAGCGGUUUAACCUAAAUAAUUCUGACCUGUUUGAUAGAAAUGUUCCAAAUUUAAAUGAAUAACUGUAAUUUCGAUAUUUAUCCAAUGUAACUAGCUGAUAUGCACUGCCUCCCCUAACAGCAAAGCUGCAUACAUAGAGGAACUAGUUUACAAAAAGCACACUCAGUCUUGCCAACUUAGCAAUUUUAUCCGACCGCUCUAGCGACAACAUUUCAAAUCAGCGAUUAGCGAGUUUAAUUCCAUCCAUCCAUCCAUUUUCUGAGCCGCUUCUCCUCACUAGGGUCGCGGGCGCGCUGGAGCCUAUCCCAGCUGUCAUCGGGCAGGAGGCGGGGUACACCCUGAACUGGUUGCCAGCCAAUCGCAGGGCACAUACAAACAACCAACCAACCGCACACACAUUCACACCUACGGGCAAUUUAGAGUCUCCAAUUCAUGCAUGUUUUUGGGAUGUGGGAGGAAACCGGAGUGCCCGGAGAAAACCCACGCAGGCACGGGGAGAACAUGCAAACUCCACACAGGCGGGGACGGGGAUUGAACCCGCACCUCAGAACUGUGAGGCUGACGCUCUAACCAGUCGUCCACCGUGCCGCCAGUUUAAUUCCAAUGAAGAAAAAAAUAUUAGCUGUCAUUUUCACGACAAGAGCCCGGUUGAAGGCAAUCAUGGGCUCAAUAGCGCUGAACAUUGCCAAAAACAUGGUGCCGAGUUACAGUAUAUGUUGCGAAAGCAGUGAUUUAUCCAUGUUGGAAACUUUUGACCUGAGGUAUGUGCUUCAUACAUACUAUACAUACAUACAUCAGAAAAAGCGUGAGAACUAGAAAUGCUGAACACAUGCAGGAUUGUCAGAUGUGACACUUCACAAUCGUAUCGGAGCUUUUAAUUGGCCAAUGCUGAGAUACGGAGGAAUAAUUGGUGUAGUGUGUUUGUUGAAUUGGCACACCGGUCCCCAUAUGUAGGUUAACACUUUAAAACAAAAAAAAACAAUGAUAUGACAUAAUUUAUUACAAAUAAUUUUGCGGACCCCCAAGUUACGGCUCCCAGACCUCCCGGGGUCCCCGAACCCCAGUUUGAGAACCACUACUGUAUAUAAGUGAUGUAUUCCGUGGCGCAAUUUGAGUAGUAUCACUUCCAAAUAUGUACAACUCAAAGCAUCAAAAAGAAAUCAUCUUUUAUGAUUAAAUGUGACUUUCUGGUG